UCUCUGGUUGUCUGUUGUCUUUGUCUGUGCCGUGGAAAACCAAAACAAAUCUUUAAGAACAGCUGGUACAGAGAACAAUCCGGACACAAAUGAGUGAGGACGAGAAGCCAUCGGCACUUGUCAUCAGUCUGAUCGAUGAAAACCCGACGGAGACUAUCAAAAUGAUCCUGGGGGUGGAGGAGCUGCCAGCCAGCGUUGUCCUCGAGGAAGGUGUCCACGCCUACCCCCUGAAGCUGGACACCAAGUAUUACUCGGCUGACGUCAACUUGUGUGCCGUGAAGCAAAAGACAAUCGGCAGCCAGCGUUUCGCGGACACUGUCGGCGCUGUUAUUAUAAAACUUGACACAGAAAAGGAAAAGGCACUGAAAGACGUGGAUAGCUGGUUGCCCUUUUUGGAGGAAAUGUCGCCAGAGGUUCAAAUUCUGCUCUGCCAAAGAUGCGAGGAGACUUCAGAAAAGGGUUGCAGCAGGUUGGAAGUCCAGACGUGGUGCGUGGAAAACCACUUUGAGUUAGUUGAACUCGACCCAAAUGACCCUGAGGAGGAGGAUGAAGAUCUGCCUGGCUUGGCGGUCACUUUUGGCAUUAGAAGAGUUCGACAGGCGCUCGAGUCGCACCUCUGGCCCAACAUGCAAAUGAAAGAUAAAGGCAGCCAGCAAAUUAAUCCGUCCCUGGCCGCGUACCUGAACGGUGGCGUCUCGCAGGACACUGACGCUGUGGCCGAAUUGACGGAAAAUCUGCAAAAUACACAACUUAACUCAAUGAUGAACAGAAUCGAUCAGAUAAUGGGCACAGACGAGGACUGCGGAGGCGACGCAGACGGCCCUGAUAUGGAGUUUGCUGAUCUGCUCUCGCGGCUGAGUGAAAUGAAGCAGCAAGCAGCCUCUCUGCCCAGUGAGCAGCGCAAACAGUGCGCAGAGCAGGUAGUCAAAGCGUUUUGGAACGCUAUUGGAGGCGAUGAUGACGAAAUCUUGGACGAAAUUCUUCUUGAGUGCCAGCAGGCAACAAGCGAUUGAUCUCUCCCAUUCCUUCUCCGUGUCUAUAUUCUGUAUCAUAUAAUUUUGACUUGUCUAUUAAGCAUUUAAUAAAUGUUUAGAAAAUAA